GCCCAGGUCUGGGCACGGCCUCCUUCCUCGGAAAGCCACUCGGUGGGAUCGGAUUCCCAGGCAGGCAUUCAGCUCGGCUCCAGGCUCCAGGCUCCGGCACAGCGGGGCGCACGGACGCAGGCCGGCCCCGCUUCCCGAACUCCAGGGGUUAAGGCUCGGGUCCCGCCCCUUUUCCCGCCUGGCUGGCGGGAGUAUGAAUAGCCUCGUUCCCACUCCCGACGUUCAGUCGCUCGGCUGCUCCUCGCUCCGCCCCGCCAUUGUCCCCGCCGGCCUCCCUUUUCCCUCCGCGUCCGUCCUAAGAGCUUUGAGAGUUGCUGGCUUCUCCCGCUGCCCCGCGUCUCUCCACCUUUGGUGGGUCAGACUUGGGAGCAAGAUGGAGGGCUGCUUGGGGGAGGAAUCUUUCCAGAUGUGGGAGCUCAACCGGCGCCUGGAGGCCUACCUGGCGCGGGUGAAGGCCCUAGAGGAGCAGAAUGAGCUGCUCGGCGCGGAGCUCGGGGGCCUCCGGGCACAGACCGGGGACGCCUCCUGGCGCACCCGUGCCGACGACGAGCUGGCGGCCCUGCGAGCCCUCGUCGACCAGCGCUGGCGAGAGAAGCACGCGGCCGAGGUGGCGCGCGACAACCUGGCGGAAGAGGUGGAGGGCGUGGCAGGCCAGUGCGAGCGGCAGCGGCUGGCGCGGGAGCGGGCGGCGGCCGAGGCGGCCCGCAACCGGCAUGCGGCCGAGGCCGAGAAGUGCGCCCAGGCCCGGCUGAGCUCCCGGGCGGCGGAGCUGGAGCGCGAGCUGGAGGCCGCGUGCGCUGCGCACGAGGAGGAGCGCGCCGCCCUGAGCGCCCGGCCCCGCGCCCCCAGCCGCCCCGCCGCGCCCCGCGGGCCCCCCGCGCCCGCCCCGGAGCUGGAGGAGCUCACGCGGCAGCUGGGCGACGCGUGGCGCGGGGCCGUGCGCGGCUUCCAGGAGCGCGUGGCGCGCAUGGAGACGUCGCUGGGCCAGGCCCGCGAGCGCUUGGGCCGCGCCGUGCAGGGCGCCCGCGAGGGCCGCCGGGAGCUGCAGCAGCUGCGGGCCGAGCGCGGCGGCCUCCGGGAGCUACGGGCGGCGCUGGAGCAGAGGCUGCAGGGCGGCUGGCAGGAGCGGCUGCGCGCCACCGAGAAGUUCCAGCUGGUGGUGGAUGCCCUGGAGCAGGAGAAGCAGGGCCUGCAGAGCCAGAUUGCCCGGGUCCUGGAAAGUCGACGGCAGCUGGCGCACCUCCAGAUGUCCCUCAGCCUGGAGGUGGCCACAUACAGGACCCUCCUAGAGGCCGAGAACUCCCGACUGCAGACCCUCGGCAACACUUCCAAGGCUUCCCUCGGCUUCCAGGACCCUAAGCUGGAGCUGCAUUUCCCUGGGACCCCGGAGGGCCGGCAUCUGGGACCUUUGCUCACUGCCCUGAGCCCCACUUCCCUCUCUUUGCCCUUGCCUGAUACCCUUGAGACACCUGUGCCAGGCUUUCUGAAGAGCCAAGAAUUCCUCCAGGCCCGUACCCCAACCUUGGCCAGCACCCCCAUCCCGCCCACACUUCUGGCUCCCUGUGCCAUUACGGAUACAGAGAUCAGAGCCCAGGAUGCCCCCUUCUCCCUGCUCCAGCCACAGAUUGGGAGGCAGCAGGUUCCAGAGGCUCUGCACUCGAAAGCCAAGGUAGCCAUCCCUUCCAGCAUCCUGCCAGGACCAGAGGAGCCUGGAGGCGAGCAACAAGAGGCCAGUACUGGCCAGUCCCCUGAGGAUCAUACCUCCUUGGCCCCACCCCUCAGCCCUGACCCCUGUAGUUUAGAGGCCAAAGGUAGAGAACCCGGUGGGUCUGGAAUGGUCAGCAGAUUCCAGGAGGAAGGUGAAGGGCAAAUCUGGGGGCUGGCAGAGAAAGAAAUGGCCAUAGAGGUAAAAAUGGUGAACAGUUUGCAGCAGGAACCACGGCAAGAAGACGGGGGUCUGAACAUGAAGGAAAUCCAGGACUCCCAGGGUCCUUUGGAAAAAGAAACUCUGAAGUCUGUGGAAGAGGAAACUCAAGAGCCACUGAUGUCUCCAGAAAAACAGAGCCAUGAGGCUCUGAGAUCUCUAGAGGAGAAUCCAGAAUCUCUGAGGUCUUUAGAAGAAGAGAAUUUAGACACAUCAAAAGGUCUAGAAAAGGAGAAUCAAGAGCUAUUGAUGUCUUUAGAAGAGAAGGAUGCAGAAGUAGUGAGACCUCUAGAAAAAGAGACUCUAGGACUACUUAAACCUGUAGGAAAAGAGGACCCACAGACAUUGCAAUCUCUAGAACAGGAGAAUCAAGAACUAAUGAGGUCUCUUGAAGGUAAUCUAGAGACAGUUUUAUAUCCAGAAAAGGAAAAUCAAGAGUUAGUAAGGUCUGUAGAAGAGAACUUUGAGUCAACUAGAGAUUUAGAAAAGGAGACUCAAGAGCCACUGAGGUCUCUAGAAGAUGAGAAUCUAGAAAACUUGAGCCUACUGGAAAAAGAGAACCAAGAGUCUCUGAACUCUCCAGAAGAUGAGAAGCAUAAGACCUUGAGACCCGUAGAAAAAGAGAACCAGGAACCACUGAGGUUUCUAGAAGACCAGGAGACAUUGAGGCUUCUAGAAAGAGAGAACCAGAGGUCCCCGAGGUCUCUAGAAGAAGAGGAGCAGGAGACAGUGAGACCUCUAGAAGAAGAGGAGCAGGAGCCAGUGAGGUCUCUAGAAGAAGGCCAGGAGACACUGAGGCUUCUAGAAAAAGAGAACCAGGAGCCAGUGGAGUCUCUAGAAGAUGAGAACCAGGAGACAUUGGGACCCCUAGAAAAAGAGAACCAGAGGUCCUUGAGGUCUCUAGAAGAAGAGAACCAGGAGCCAGUGGGGUCUCUAGAAGAUGAGAACCAGGAGACAUUGGGACCUCUAGAAAAAGAGAACCAGAGGUCCUUGAGGUCUCUAGAAGGCGGCCAGGAGACAUUGAGGCAUCUAGAAAAAGAGAACCAGGAGCCAGUGAAGUCUCUAGAAAAGGAAAACCAAGAGACAUUGGGAUCUCUAGAAAAAGAGGACCAGGAGCCAAUGAAGUUUCCAGAAGAUGAAAACCAGGAAACGUUGAGAUCUCUAGAAAAAGAGAACCAGGAGCCAGGGGAGUCUCUAGUAGAAGAAGACCCGGCAACAUUGAGACCUCUAGAAAAGGUGAAACCAGAGCCACAAAUGUCUCUUGGAAAAGACCAGGAGAUAUUUAGAGCUCUUGAAAAUGAGAAUCAACAGUUAUUAAGGUUCCUAAAAGAAGAGAGCGUAGAGGCAAUGAGAUCUUCAGAAACUGAGACUCCAGAGCCACCAAAGUCUGCAAGAGAAGACUUGGGAAUACUGAAAUCUCUAGAGACUCAAGAGCCACUGUGGUCUCCAGAAGAAAUGAAUCAGGAGACAAUGAAACCUCUAGAAAAGGAAAUUCAAGAAGCACUGGACUCUGUGGAGGAUGACCGAGAGACACUGAGACCCCUAGAUAAGGGGGACCAGGAAUCACUGAGAUCUCUGGGCGGGUGGAGCCUAGAGACUCUGAAUCCGCCAGAAGAGCUAGGUCAGGGAAGUCAAAGGAACCCGCCCGAGGAAGAGACCCCUGAGCAGACGGAGAAUCCAGAGUCGCCGAGGUCUUUGGAAGAGGAGGGACAGGAGCUGCCACUGCCUGCCAGCCAGCAGGGGUGGGAAGAUGCGGUGGGGGACCGAGAACUGGAGCAGGGUUUGCCCCCUGGCAGGGCGACAGCGCGCCAGGAGGCUGCGGCCACGCUCGACGUGAGGGAGUGGGCUGGCUCCGCCGGGAAGGAGUCUGUGGGGCAGGGACAGCCACGGCUGGUGGCCGCAGGGGAGGUCUGGAGCACAGGCGAGGGGCACUCAGGGAGCCCUGAGCCCAAAGAGCAGAGGGUCCCAGUUGAGGGAGCCGGGGGGGAGGGAGGCACUGAGGGCCUCCAGGACCCCGAAGGGCAGCUGGAGCAAGUGGGGGUGCCAGGCCUCCAAACUCCCCAGGGAGUGUCAGGGGCGAGAGAGCCGGUGUUGGAAGGUAGAGAUGAGUCCCUGGGGGGUGGCCAGGCCUCCCCAGAGGUCACUUCGGGGUUAGAGACAGCUGUGGGCGAGUCGGCUGCAGGAAGCCGGCAGGGACCAGAGCAGGAGGUGGUGGGGCUGGAGGACCCAGGGCCCCCGGCCAGAGAGGAGGGGGAGGCGUCACCCAUGGGCGAGGAAGGUUUGGACGCAGAGAAGAUGCAGGGUUUGGAAGGGCCCAGAAAGGACCCAGAGGAGGCAGCUGCUCUGGACCCAGAGCUUUCCACCCUGUCCAGGAAGAGCACAGACCCCCUGGAGCCUCCCAGGGGCUGGGAGGAGGCAGAGCCAGAGGCCCCGUGGGGAGCGGAGGCUGGGCUCCCCGCCGGGGCCAAGUGCCCCUCUCACAGUGGAAGCAGUAGCGGUACCCCUCAGCCCAGGCCCCUGGGGUCAGAGGAAGCAGGAGAAGAUGCAGAGCUAGUGCUGGGGCCCCCCAGCCCAAGGCCCACUGAGCCCCGGGCGCCCACCCCAAUCCCUGGAGAUGCCCCUGGGCUCCAGCUCCUGGCUGAGGGGACCCAGGAGGCUGGCUGGGGACUGGAGGGGGAGCAGGAGAAAUUGGGUUCUGAGGGGAGCCCUGAGGAUCUCCAGGAGGAGGGGGAGGAGAACAGAGAAGACAGCGAGGCUGAUGAGCUCGGGGAGACUCUUCCUGACUCCACUCCCCUGGGCCUCUAUCUCCGGUCCCCAGCCUCCCCCCCGUGGGGCCUGCAUGGAGAGCAGAGGCCCUCCCCUCAAGGGGAGGCCAGAGAGGAAGGCUGGGCUCCUUCUGUCCCGGCCCCUGAGGGCUGUGGGGCUCAGCCGGGGGAAGAGGAGGAGGAAGAGGAAUGUGGUCAGCACUCGGACUUGUCGGAGGAGCUUGAGGACCUGGAGGCCGAGGGGUCUCUCCCUCCCGGCCCCCCUGGGGAGGCUGUGGAGCCUCCAGGCCAAGCGUCUCAGCUGCUGCUGGAGCCUGCGGCCUGGGACGGGGGCGGGGAGUCCGAUGGGUUUGCGGAUGAGGAAGAGAGUGGUGGGGAGGAUGGAGAGGAAGAAGAGAGGAGGGAGCCAGGGGCUGGCCGCUGGGGCCCCCGGCCACCGCUGAGUGGCCCUCAGAGAGGGAACUUCCUGGGGUCCGAGGCCGCAGAGGGCGGCGUCCCCUGGGAUGAUGGCCUGAGGGGCAUGGAAGCCGGUGUCCGCAUGACCGCCCUGGAGACUGAGUCCCAGGACAGCACGGAGCCCUCGGAGGGCUCCGAGGAGGAGUCUGGCCCUGUUCCCUUGGAGAGGGAGGACCCGGUCCCCGGCCCUCUGGGAACCCUCAGCGGGGUGGGAGGCCUGGGCCUGGGAGUGGGGGACAGCCGGGGUGUCAAUGGCCAGGGCCCCAGCCUGAAGGAGGAGUUAGAGCGUGUGAACGGGGGGGUGGUAAAUGGGCUGCAGCCGCCCGAGGGAGGGGAGCAGGGGAAACUGGGGGGCCCUGAGGCGGACCAGGGCAGCCCCUUGGAAGAGGAGGGGGACGAGGGGGGUGCCCUGAAGGCCCCUUGGGCAGGACCUCCUCUUCACCUUGGCGUGGGCCAGUUCCUGAAGUUCACUCCAAGGGAAGGAGAUGUCGACUCGUGGUCCUCAGGGGAGGACUAGAGAGAGCUCCUCCUCCCUCACUCUGAGGACUCGGGGGGGGGGGGGGUGUGCGCGCGCGCGCACGUGCGUGUCAGGGGGGUCCCUAAGCCCCCUCCCUGCUCAGAGGCAGCACCCUUAAGUUAUGAUCCCUUGACCUGUGUGGCUUCUGUCCCAGAGGCCUGGCCGGCCAAGGUGAAGCAGGGUGUGGCAUGGGGAUGCGUCCCGAGAACGGAGCCUCCAGAAUGCAACCCAGCGCCUCAGACCCGGCCGUCCCGCGAAGCUUCAGCCCGCUGAACCACUGUAGCACUAGGCCCCUUUCCUCCCACACCCCUUCUCCCCCCUCCUGCCAUCUGGAAAGGGCUCCUCCCAGGGGAGGGGGCCGUGGUGGUCCUCACCACAGGGCUCACCAGCCCUGUCCCCCCUCGCUGCACCCUCCCGGGGUGUCUGGCCACUGGGUGAGGGGGUGCUCCAGGUCCUGACUCCCAUAUUCCUGCCAUGUUGUGUCUGGCUCAUCCCUGCCUGAAUAAAGUAGUUCUUCC